GUGAUCAGGAUGAUUAGAUUAGGCCAAGCCUCCGCGACGUUACAAUUGUAUUAUGUUAUAAAUACUUAUUUAAAAUAAUAAAAAAAAUUCCGUCAUUUCCUUUGUCAGUAAUUACACGUAGAAUGAAUCUACUCGCCGUGCGCUUACUUGUUAAAACAUUUGACAUCUCCAAGUACAGUAGUAUAUAUAAAUAUUCAAUAAAUUAAUAGUUAAUAAAUACAAAUACUCAGUGUAAUUUAAACCUAACCCUGGUGAAAUAUUACGUGAUAAUAAUAAUAAUUAUAAAUAAUAAGUUGAUUAAUGAUAUAAAAAAAAAUUCUAUAAAAAUGGGUCUGCUAUUUUCCAAGCUAUGGAGUCUCUUUGGCAAUGAAGAGCACAAGAUAGUGAUGGUGGGUUUAGAUAAUGCUGGUAAAACAACUAUACUAUAUCAAUUUUUAAUGAACGAAGUAGUUCAUACAUCACCGACAAUCGGAUCAAAUGUCGAAGAAGUUGUUUGGAAAAAUAUCCACUUCAUAAUGUGGGAUUUGGGUGGUCAGCAGAGUUUGAGGGCAGCUUGGUCGACGUAUUACAGUAAUACGGAGUUUAUUAUUAUGGUUAUUGACAGUACGGAUAGAGAAAGACUUAUUACUAUAAGGGAUGAAUUGUACUCGAUGUUGAAUCACGAGGAGUUGUCAAAAGCCAAUGUCCUUGUUUAUGCCAAUAAACAAGAUCUCAAGGGAAGCAUGAGCGCUGCUGAGAUAUCCAGACAACUUGACUUGACGUCAAUAAAAAAACACCAGUGGCAUAUACAGAGCUGCUGUGCACUUACAGGCGAAGGACUUUAUCAAGGCCUUGAAUGGAUAGUCGGCCGCUUGAAGAAAACAUGACGUACAAUAUAAAAAUAACUGUGGACUCCAGGAGUUAUUUGUAUGUAAAAUAUGUGAAUGCGUUGACUUUUUACAUUUUUUGUUUCCUUUUUUUUUUUAGAAACUGAUAUCUAAAGAAAGGUUGUAAAAAUUUUUAGGUCUGAUAUUUAAAAGGAUUAAAUUUAUAUGCAUUUUUAAUUUACGUUCGAUUGUCUGCGAGUUAAAUUGCUUGGAAAAUUAAAUGAGUAAAAUGCGCAGAUGGACGGGAAAAAAAAGUAAUUAAUAAUAAAUGAGUUUUUAAUUUUUUUAAUUUAAAGUUAGUUAAUUAAAUUAAAUAUUAACAAAAGUUUAAAACUCGAAUUUCGACAUCGAAUCCCUUAACUUUUUUAUUUAAUUAAUUUAAUCAAUAUUUUACUAGUUAAUUUAUUUGACUUAAGUGUAAAAAAAUUUAAUUUAAAUGUGCAAGUAAACGAAGCAAUUGAUAAUUUAAUUUUAAAAUUCUAAUAAUUGGACAUCGAAAUCCCGUCCACGUUUUAAAAUAAAUUUAAUUUAAUAUAAAAUAUUGUAACUGUAUAAUCAAGCCAAAUUCUGCGACUUCUUAAGUGUACAUACAUUUACUUUUCUUUUAUACAUUUUUAAAAAUCCCUCCGUUUUAGUUCUUAUCGAGUAAAAAAAAAAUUUUUUUUCGUUAAAUUUCUCGUUGCCGAUAAAUAAGAAUUUAAUUAGAUUUAUAUUAGCGCCGAAAACAUAUAUAAGUAUAUAAAUAUAUGUAAUUGAUAUAUUGUAAGACUUCGACAGAAGGUUAUUCAACAAGCCCACUAACUUGUAAUUAUGUAGAGACUACUCUGUGAUACGUGGUUUCAAUUUGACAAGUGUUCGUUUGCUGAAUAUAAAAUUUUUGAAUGUCCCGCGCUUAAUAAAAUCAAAAAUUCUAUAAUAAAAAAUUAGUUGAAUUGUAAAUUAAUAUCGAGAUUCGUAAUUGUAAUGGAACUAAACAUACAUUUAAUUAUUAAUUAAUAUUUUUAAAUUAAUCUGUCGCGUAUAUUUUUUUUUGCAUUGUAAAUGUCAUCAAUUUAUAUUUUAUAUUUAUAACUAAACUACAAUUAUCUCAAUAGAUUAUAAAUACUCUGUUAGAUUAUUAUUAUUAUUAAUUAAUAAUAAUAAUAAUUAGGCAUAUCGCUACCGAAAAUGUUAAUUGAUAAAAAGUAUGUUGUUGAUGUUUGACGUAUGAGUGAAAAAAAAAAAGUUAUAUCGAGUAAAAAAAAAGUUAUAUAAAAAUAUUUGAAUAAUUUUUUCUCAUAUUGAGAAACAAUCAUGAAUUUUAUACAGACAAGUAAAAAUUUAUCAAUUAAUUAUAAAUUAUAACCAUCAAUUACCAAUGCAAAUUAUAAAUAUUAUAAUUAUAAAAUAAUGAUAAUUAAUCAUUUAAUUUUGUGAGAGUGAAAAAUAAAAAAAAAAACGUAAUUAUAGUAAAAUAAAUAUUUUAAGUUUAAAAUGUAAAAAUAAAUUUUAAAAAUAAGUAAACAAUUAAUUGAAAUUGUGGGACUUCUAUUUAUUUUAAAAUCGUUUAUUAUAAAUUAGGUAUCGCACACACUCAUUCAUUCUCAUUUAGUUUAUACAAAUUUUCGAGACUUACGUAAAAGUCUAAUUACCGAAUUAUUACCCGUGUAAAAAAAAUUUUCAAAAUGUUUACUAUUAUAACUUUAAAAACGUGACAAUGACAAACUUUUUUUAAAUGAUUUUUAAACUUCGAAAAAUACAAAGAAGAAAACAAUUGGACUUGAUACGUUUUUCGGCUCUUUUGUACACUUUUUUUGACGUCACUAAAAGCGCUGAGUUUCAUAAUUUUUUCAGUGCAAAAUACGUUCAGAAAACGCUGAUUUUGAAUUAUUUCUAAACGUUUUUUUUUUGCAUAUUUUAAA